UGCAGUCUGCCUUUGUCUCCGAGGGCGACCGCCCGCGCGCACUCCGCGCCCCGGCUAAAAAUAACUUACUCCCGCAUCCUUCAUAACGAACCAAAAUAACAACCGCGCUUUUAUAAAAAAAAAAGGAAUUCUAUUCGCGUUCUUUUUUCAAAAUUGUGUGAAUUAAACGAUUUUGUUGCGAAUCUGUGAACCAGUUGAUGCGAAACCAAAAUAAACAAAAGAAUCGCGAGCGAAUGAUGCGGGCAUAAGAAUUUCGUUCGUUCGUACAAAUUCGAAUAUGGAUUGGCGCGAAAAACUUUUUGGUAAAGUGCUCGUCAAAUCGGGUCAAAGUGGCCAGUUAGAGAAUGUGGCGACCAUGGAGGCUCUAGUUGACUGUGUGGAGGAAGGUGAAGGUGCCGUGUGUGGAAUAUACUUUUCUUUCGCGAAUAUAAGCGACGAGAGUGACGAUUUCGGCGUGCGUUUGGAGGAGGUGUACAAUAAAGUGCAUCCGAGGCUGAAGGUAGUGCAAGUGGUGUUAUGGGCGCAUGUUGGGACCCCUGAAGGACCGGUGGAGAGAGAAGCCGGGUUCCAUCGGAGCUUGAUCGGGAAGCCUUGGUUCGCUGUGCCGUUCCAUGAUGUGGAUACAAAGCGUCGUCUGACCCAGAAAUACAGCAUCGCAGUAGGAGUGCCGACCCUGGUCAUCAGAGGCCGGGCGGUCCGGGACGCCCUCCUCGCCGACCCCCUGGGAGAGCGGUUCCCCUGGCCUGCCCCCCCUCUGCAGGAGGUCCUGAGAGGCGUCCAGCUCCAGGGUGACGGACAUACCAAGCUGUAUGAGGAACUGCCGCCGGAUUCAGUGCGCGUGUUCUAUUUUGCUGCUCAUUGGUGCCCGCCCUGCCGAGCAUUCGCCCCGAGCCUGUGCUCGGCACUCGCGGCGGUGCGCAAGCGGCGCGCCAAGUACGCUAACACGCAGCUCAUACUCGUCUCUAGUGACAGGAGUGAGCAGUCCUACAACCGCACAGUGCAGUCGGUAUCAUCAGUAGAUGCUCUGGCUGUCCCCUGGAGCGCGGUGGAGGCAAGACUGGCUCUACCCUCGGCCCUAGGAGUGGCUGGCAUCCCUGCACUGGUCCUGACCUCGCCUACUGGCAGCGUGCUGACUGUCAAUGGAAGGACGCAUCUGGCUGCUGAUCCUUUAGGACUGAGCGCGGUGGAGGCACGACUGGCGCUACCCUUGGCCCUUGGAGUAGCCGGCAUCCCUGCACUGGUCCUGACCUCGCCUACUGGCAGCGUGCUGACUGUCAAUGGAAGGACGCAUCUGGCUGCUGAUCCUUUAGGACUGAGCGCGGUGGAGGCACGACUGGCGCUACCCUCGGCCCUUGGAGUAGCUGGUAUCCCUGCACUGGUCCUCACCUCGCCUACUGGCAGCGUGCUGCUGACUGUCAAUGGAAGGAUGCAUCUGGCUGCUGAUCCUCUGGGACUGGUGAGUUGA